AUGAACCCCGUGGCACUCCGCGAGCGUUUAAACGGUGCAGCAGUCAAGAUUAAAACCAGACUCACCUCCUUCUCCAGCUGGAAACUCCCAAAGCAAGAAUCGUCAGUCGCCCCGUCGUACGUCUGGACGAACGCAGAUCAAGAUCCAGUCCCACCCGAGAAACAGACUUGGACAGGCUGGUCAUUCACUUGGUAUUGGUUUUCAGACCUAGUGACUGCGGCAGGAUGGUCUGCAGCGGCAAGCGUAGUGGCAACAGGCCUCUCAGCAACAGAUGCAGUUCUUGUGACUUUCGUGGCUGCUUUGUGUAAUGCGAUCCCGACAGUGUUGAAUGGUGCCAUUGGCGUUGAUCUUCACAUCCCCUUCCCAAUAGCCAUCCGCGCAUCUUACGGCUACUGGCUUUCGUACUUCACAGUCGUGACAAGAGGGAUUCUUGCACUGUUCUGGUUCGGCGUGCAGAGUGUAUACGGAGGCCAAUGUAUCACGGGAAUGGUCACAGCCACCUGGCCCAGCUAUGCGAACCUCCCCAACCGUUUGCCAGAAUCUGCUGGGAUCACGACACAAGGAAUGGUGUCGUACUUCCUGUACUGGCUGUUGCAGUUGCCAUUCAUGCUCAUACCGACGCACAAACUGCAAUACAUGUUCUGGGCCAAGACGGUGCUUGUUGCUCCGACUGCUCUCGCGAUGGUGAUUUGGAUCUCUGUAAAGGCUGGAAAUGGGAGUGACUUCUUCAAUCAGCCUGCGAGAGUCAGCGGGUCAGAGAAAGCCUGGCUUUGGUUGAGCAGCAUGACAUCGAUCACGGGAGGCUUCUCGACUCUGGCUGUCAACAUCUCGGACUUUUCGCGAUUCUCGAAAACACGCACAGCGCACUAUUGGCAACUGCCAAUGAUUCCGUUUUUCAAGUGCAUUGUUGGCGUCUUUGGAGUCGUUUCAGCCAGUGCCGCUGUCCAGUUGUAUGGUGAAGCGUUGUGGUCGCCGCUGGACAUCAUUGAAAAGUGGCAAGGAAGUCCAGGAGGCCGAGCAGCAGCAUUCUUCGCCUCUGCUGUCUGGUGUCUGGCACAAAUCUGUGUGAACGUCAGCGCGAACUCCGUCUCAUUCGGCAACGACAUCACAACGAUCGCACCAAAGUGGUUCAACGUCAAGCGAGGUGUCAUUUUUGCCGCUGUCAUUGGAGGAUGGGCACUGUGUCCCUGGAUCAUUGUCGAGAGCGCCGAUGCCUUGCUUUCUUUUAUGUCUGCGUAUGCGUGCUUUCUCGCACCUAUCGCAGGAAUCCUCUUUUCAGACUACUGGAUCGUUAAGAGGAGAAGAUAUGACGUGCCAGCUUUGUACGACCCUAAAGGAAUAUAUUCGUAUUGGCACGGCAUUAACUGGAGAGCACUUGUGACGACGAUGGUGGUCGUUGGGCCAUUGAUUCCUGGGAUGGCGAACAAAAUUUCGUCCAGUGUGAAAAUCGGAACUGGGCUGGAGCGCCUUUUUUCUUUUAAUUGGCUCUACGGGUUCGUUCUCUCGAUCAUAAUGUAUGUCAGUCUGCACUGGAUGUUUCCGGACAAAGCCACCAGUAUUCCAGCUGUCGUGCACGAGCGAGUCCGGGAUCUGAUUUGGUGUAUCCGGGAUGCCGUAGAGAACUCCACUGGCAAGGUGUUUGGGUGA